AUGGAGGGCGCACUGGCCUCAGCGGACAAACCGCGCGGGGAGAGUGACACGGCCGCCACGGGGGCUCCCAAGAUACUGGUGCUGCACGGCAUCAACCUCAACAUGUUCGGCAAGCGCGACUCGUCGGUGUACGGGUCCGCCACGCUGGGCGACAUCAACGCGGGGCUGAUGGCUCUGGGCGAGGAGCUCGGCACCGAGGUCGAGUGCUUCCAGACCAACUUUGAGGGCGAGCUCGUCGAGCGAAUCCACAAGGCCCAUCAGGAUGGCACUGCGGUGGUGAUCAUCAACGCUGGGGCGUGGACGCACUACAGCUACGGUCUCCACGACGCGCUGAACAUCCUCACGAUCCCAAUAAUCGAG